AUGAAGAUCUUCCCGGAAUCCAGCUUCUUCAAGGAAAGACGAGCGCAUGCACUUCCAUCGCCAGCAGAUAUUCGCGCUAUCAACGAAGGGUCCGGUAAUGCCUCUGUCACGAGCUUUAACUGUCCACCACUGGUCAUGAUACCAUGGCUUGGCUUGGUCGUGAAGUACAGCGCGGAUGUGACAAUUAUCAAAGCUCAGACUCAAAUGAUGUUACAAAAUCGAGUGCCUGUUCCCGAAGUCUUUGGCUGGGCAGAGGAUGCGAAUCAGAUUUUUCUCUACAUGCAGUUCAUUGAGGGUGAAACACUAAUAGCGAGGUGGGGCAGCUUGGAUGAGGAUGAGAGACGAGCCAUUUGCGAGGAACUUCGUGGUUACUUGAAAAUGAUAAGGUCUUUGGAACAAGACCUCUAUAUAGGCAGUUUAGGUAAUCGGCCGCUAAACGACAUAUUUCUCAAAAACCAUCCAGACCUUGUUGGUCCCUUCCUAGGCAAGAACGCUGUCAAACAGUUUCACAGUUCCUGCGGUAUUGAAAUAAGCUGCAAGACACACGUUGUUUUUACGCAUAACGAUCUUCUUCCGCCCAAUAUCAUCAUAUCCCCAGGGCAGAGCCCGAAAGUGGCCGCGAUCGUCGACUGGGCCCAGGCUGGGUGGUAUCCUGCAUACUGGGAAUAUUGCAAGGCCUGGUGGGUAAGAGUGAAUCCGACUCACUUUAAUGAUGCCUUCCAAGAAGAUUGGCGCGUGAAAUAUCUGCCAAUGAUUUUAGAUCCGAUGGAUGACGAGACAUACUAUCAUCCUUGGCUUUAUUUCGUCUUGUCGAAAGGUAUUUAA